AUGACAAAGAAGCAUAAAAACGGUGACGGCGAUGGCUCACUAUCUUCCGCAGAUGGUGGUGCCACAUCACAAAGUGGUGGUGGUGUAGACGAAGAACAACAGCCUGAAGAGCAGCAGCCACAGCAAAAAGGAUUCAAAGGAAAAGCAAAAAAAGAUAUGCAAGAAGCAUUGACAUUUGUAAAAGAAGAAAGUCAGAGACAAAAAGCACAAAAACUACAAAAGCAACAAGAACUUGAAAAGGUUACAGUCGCUAAAGAGGAUAUCGAAUUAAUUAUUUCUGAAAUGGAAGUGACGCAACAAGUUGCUGAUCGAUUUCUACGUGAAAAUCAGGGUGAUGUUGUGAAAGCAUUGAAGGCGAUUAUUCUUGCUUAA